CGGCUGACUGUUAGUUGGUGUACGAAGGUCCCCGCAGGAGGCUGGGUGCGGUGUCGGGUCAGGGAGAUCAGUCACUGUCGCGAUCCGUACCAGCAGUGGGUAUUCUGAGCAUGCUCAGCUCCAAGCCAUACAAGAUACCGUUCACGAUGCCGCCAUUACCGAACUGUGGGAAGAUUGGACCGGAUAAGGACAAGCACAACGAACAAACGCAGCGCCAGCCGCCGUUCGCCCAGGCCUACACCGUGGGCAAGGUGCUGGGCAAGGGUGGCUUCGGCACCGUUUACGGCGGUAUCCGGAACCGUGACCGGCUGCCGGUCGCCAUCAAGCACGUGCUGAAGCGGAGCGUCACCAGCUGGGGCACGCUCAACUAUCAGCGCGUGCCGCUUGAGAUCCUGCUACUCAAGGAGGUGCAGAACACCACCGGCGUGGUCAAGUGCCUCGACUACUACGAGCGCGCUGACAGCUUCAUCCUCAUCCUGGAGCGGCCCGACAACUGCAUCGACCUGUUCGACUACAUCUCGGACCGGGGUGCGCUGGACGAGCACGUGGCACGCAGCUUUUUCAAGCAAGUGGUGCGGACUGUGAUGGAGUGCCACGCGGCCGGGGUGGUGCACCGCGACAUCAAGGACGAGAACAUCCUGGUGGACCAGCGCACGGGCGAGUUGAAGCUCAUCGACUUCGGCUCGGGCGCUCGCCUCAAGGACGAGCUCUACACGGACUUUGACGGGACGCGCGUCUACUCGCCGCCCGAGUGGGUGCAGCGGCGCUGCUACCAUGGCGUGCCAGCCACCAUCUGGUCGCUGGGCAUCCUGCUGUACGACAUGGUGUGUGGCAACAUCCCAUUCGAGGAGGACCACCAGAUCAUCCGCGCCGAACUGGCGUUCCGCGGCGGCGUGUCGGCUGAGGUUCGGGAUCUGAUCCGGCGCUGCCUCUGCAUCCGGCCCGAGGAGCGGCCCGAUCUGCAGCAGGUGAUGCGCCACCCCUGGAUGGAGGCCAGCCUGCCCUCCACGCCGCCCACCGACAUUCCGCCGCGCCGGCUCUCGGGCUCGCUCAGCUUCUCCGACAAGUCCACCUCCAGUCGGGAGAGCGUUUGACGGCCGCCGCCGGUAGUGUCGUGAUCUAGCUCAGUGGCCGCGCGCGCCGGCCGGCGCCGGCGGACCCGGGCCGCCGUCGCCCCUGCGCCGCCGUCUCCGUGACAAGCUGCGUGUCAUCCUCGCAUCCGGGCGGCCGGUCGUCCCGCCAACGCUUUAACCGCGCCCCGCCCGCGCGGCCAGCCGUCUGCGACCUGUCAUUGUACAUACCAUCGGCGGCCGGCGGGCGGGCACUCCUCAUCGUUUUAUUAUGUUCCUAAUGGCGGCGGCGCUGCGGUCGCCGGGUGCCGACCGCGCACCGCCGCAGCUCACCUGUAUGAAAUGUGGACCAUCGCGUGCGUGUAUAUUUAUUUCUAUAUUAUUGUACGCCCGAAGACGAGUAUUGCGUGCGUGUUCUGUAUUGUACAUAUCACGUGUUGACGGGGGGAGGGGGGGGGGAGGGGCCUGCGCGCUCCGAUGGUGUGCCAGAUCAGGCGAGCGCGCGUGAGGAUUCCUUCAUCCAGUGCCAUGACAGCGACGGGGGCGAGCACAUAAAAAUCGCAAAACCUCGGACGGUAAAGUCGAAGAUUUGCCAGUCCGACUUUAGCAAGCCAAAGACGUUCCAAAGUCGCCAGUGCACGCGCGCUCGGGGAAUCCCCACAGCGUCGGCCCGGUGUGUGUAGACGGGUGGGCGGCGCGGGCGGCGGCCGGGCGUCGAACGCACCCACCACUCAGCCGGCUGCCCGGCCCGGCCCGCGCCGCCGCCGCCCGCCCCGUUUUAGAUCGAGACCGCGGCUGUGCCGCUGCUCCUGUGGCUUCAUAAUAUCCCAAGGGCAUAAAUUGCUGACCAGACGGCGGAUCGAACCGACCGCUAGCCGAAUUCACGUGUGUGUGUUUGUGUGUGUGUGUGUGUGUGUGCGUGUGUGUGUGUGUGUACAUACGGACAGCAGACAGAAGACUGUAUUUUUAUAUAGUAACGGUGAAAAUAAAUGGAUGUGUAAUA